CUCCAAAAUAAUUGGAAUAAUCAAAUCAGCAUAAAUUCAUUUAUAAUAUUCGCCAUCGAUUAAUCAUGAAUAGUAAGGAAAGUCCCGAGAUCAAAGAUGCCGAGAACAAUGACGUAAAGCCAAUUGAUUCUAAUACUUCCGCUUCUAAAGUCGUGGUGAAUGAAAAGGAGAAGAAAAAACAAGCAUUUGUUACAAGAUCGAUAUGGACUUUUGUUAUGUUACUUUUCUUUCUUGCAAUAAUAUCUUCGGGCCACUUGACCUUGAUUGCCUUUGUGGUGUUGUUCCAGGUGUUGACCUUCAAGGAAAUCAUCAGAUUGGUGGCUGAACCUGCAAGAGAUAAGAACAUCCCAUUGAACAAAUUUGUCAAUUGGUACUUUCUCUUUUCCACCAUUUAUUAUUUAGAUGGUAAAACCUUGUUUGAGUUCUUUCAUGACUUGAUCUUCCAAAACAAGUUGAUGAUCAUCUUAUCCACAAAUCAUAAAAUUAUCAGUUACUUUUUGUAUGUGUUUGGUUUCAUGAUCUUUAUCUUAAACUUGAAGAAAGGCUACUAUAAGUUUCAAUUUGGUUCAUUAUGCAUCACACAUAUGACUUUAUUGAUCGUGGUGUUUCAAAGUCAUUUGAUCAUCAAUAACAUUUUGAAUGGAAUCAUUUGGUUUGUGUUACCUUGUACUUUGGUCAUUGUUAAUGAUAUUUUUGCUUACUUGUGCGGUAUAACUUUUGGCAGAACUCAAUUGAUUGCAAUAUCUCCAAAGAAGACCGUCGAAGGCUUCGUUGGUGCCUGGUUCUGUACGGUUGUUGCUUCGGUAGGCGCUUCCUUCAUCUUGUCGAGAUCUAACUACUUGAUUUGUCCUGCUACAAACUUGAAUACAAACGUUUACAACUUCCCUAGUUGUGAACCAAACUCCGUCUUCAUCGAGCAAAUUGUCCAUUUGCCAGGGAAUUUAAAGCAGUUCUUCAACAUUGACUACAUUAUUGUUAAACCCAUCUAUUAUCAUUCUGUGUUCUUGGCAACUUUUGCUUCCUUAUUCGCACCCUUUGGAGGUUUCUUUGCUUCGGGUCUUAAGAGAGCUUUUGGUAUCAAAGAUUUUGGCGACACCAUUCCUGGCCAUGGGGGUAUCACCGAUAGGAUUGACUGUCAAUUUUUGAUGGGUUCAUUUUCCUAUUUAUACUACCAGACAUUCAUUUCGUCGUAUAACAUCAACUUGACCAAUAUUAUACAGGCAGCCAUCAUCAACUUGUCCAUUGAUGAACUAUUCCAAGUAAUCAAGUCCUUAUUAAAGUUCUUAUACAACUCGGGUAUACUUGCUGAGAACGACUUCAACAUCAUUUUGAGUAUUUUGGACAAAUACUAGAAGCACUAUCCAUUGUCGACACCAUAUCAAACGCUCCAUAUUAUUCAACCAUUUGUGUAGUACAUAAUCAAAUUCGUUAUUAUGAUAAAAUAUUACCAGUACGUUUCAAGUAGAGUAUUACCGCUGGUAACUUAUACUUGUUUAAGGGGUCAGGCUCUAGUGUACAUGGCAAGGCAAUUCCCAGCUA